AUGAGGCAGUGCGGCGUGUGCGGAACAGAGGGAGCCGAGGAUGCGCGGUUCUGCCCGACCUGCGGGGGCGAGAUGCGCCCCGCACCGGAGGGCGUCGAUACCGGGGCGGAAGACACCUUCGAGGGCACCGACCGUGUGAGCUACUGCACCGAGUGUGGGGCCGUUUUGGAUUCCGGGAACAGGUUCUGCGGCGCGUGCGGGGCAGGCGUCGGGGCGGCAGCGAGGGCUACUCCUCCGCGCGGACAGUCAUUCCUCGACGACGCCGUUACAAUGUCCACGCUCUGCCAUCUCAGCACGUUGGCCUCAUUCAUCGUUCCCCUCGGCAACAUCCUCGGUCCACUUGUGAUCUGGCUCCUGAGAAAGGACCAACUGCCGCAGGUUGACAUGCACGGCAAGGCGGCGCUGAACUUCAACAUCAGCAUCACCAUCUACGGCGUCAUCGGCAUCGCUAUCAGCUUGGCGCUGAUGCUAGUGCUUAUAGGCUUCCUGCUCAUCUUCGUUGUGUUGCCGCGAUCUUUGUGUGGUGGAUGGUCGCGACCGUCGUGGCAGCGGUAA